AUGGCAUUAUUAGCAUCAACGUUAUCCAAAAUAUUUAUACUUGUCCUAUUGUGCUCUACCAAUCUGCUACAGACGAAGUCUUUGAGCCGGAAUACGGUAGUGGAUGAUGACGAAUUGGAUGUGUCCGAUUUGAUUGAUAGUUUCCUGGAGCGUGCAAAACAGAACACUCGACAUCACAGGACACAUCAUCGACUGCUACGUCGACAUCGCAUACAAUCGUCCAUUCAACAGCUUACAAGCUUCGAUGUUCACGGACGAGAAUAUGUGAAAUGCCGAAAAAGUUUGCUCGAUGGAGGCUCUGUGAUGAAACGAUGUUACCGACCACCAUCUGAUGACAUGCGCGUUGGAUGCUAUGCGGUUUGGAAUAUGAAAAGUGAAACACUCGUGCAGGAUUGUUGGGUGCAACAAGCGAUAUCGAUGAAUAACUGCGAGCAGCGUAAAUGUAUUGCUGACAGGAGUACAUUUUGUUGUUGCUACGGACAUAACUGCAACAGUCGGUUUGAAUUACAAGAAGAAAUUUCGGAUGAAAAUUCGUGA